UCACUGAAUUUGUUCUUCUUCUUCUGUUAUCUUUAUCGUGAAUUGAAAAAUCAAAACAACUUUAUUGUUUACAUUUUCCGCGAUCCUACUAUAUGAAAUAAAAGGAAAGUUUCGUGUAUCGUGCUAGUUUUAUUCACGCACUUUGAAGUUCAACCAAAUAUAUACUUUAUUGUGGAUUGGUUAAAUCGUAAUCAGCUUACGUUUCGCCAUAAAUAUCUUCAGUUGCCAAACGAUUAUCUACGGAAGCAAAGCACCAAUCGCUGACUUGAGGAUUAUAUCAUCUCGUUAUUGGAUUGUAACAUACCACACAAUCGAAAUAUGAGCGGCUUCUAUGAGGAAGAUGAAGUAAAUCCAAGAAUAGAAUUUAUCAAAGUCGAGCCGGAGGACUUUGAGGAUGGUAUGUUUAAUGAUACGGAAAUUGAAGAUCCAAAAGAAUUACAGCGAAUCAUAAGGCUUUCGCCCAAAGUGCAGCCGCAUACACGUCACAAUCCUGUUAAAAGAAAAGUCAUACGCGUACAAUAUUACGGCAAAAAUAAUCAUGUUUUACCGAAUAAGAAGUUCAGACCAACGGUUCCUGUGUAUAAAGAAGAUACAGUAAAACGACCUAAAAAAAUGUGUAUUCCAAUGUUACAAGAGCAUACAAUUAAAUUAAUAAAGAGAGUAGAGAAGGAGUCUUGUAUUUGGAGCAGCACUAAUGAACAUUACAAAAACAAAGAAAUUAAAGACAAAGCCUGGAAUCGUGUAGCCGCUCACACAGGGAUUCGCGUAGAAAUUGCGCGAGCCAAAUGGACAUCACUUCUGGGAUCAUUUCGGUCAUACACCUCAAGAUAUAAAAAAGGCCUAUGUUCUGAUAAAAAACCACGCUGGUUCGCAUACGAUUUGUUAAGCUUUUUGAAUAACGAAAUAGAGGAGUCUGCACAAGGAGACGAUUCGGAGCUCCCAUAUGUAUGUGCUGAUGCAAAGAGCGAAGAGUACGAAGUGCCCGAAAGACCCCAAAGUGAAGAUGAAAAUAACAUACAGGAACUGCGGCAAGAUACAGUGGAAUACCUUGAAGAAGAAUUAUUCCAUCCGGAAACUGCACCUACCAUCGUCAAUAGAAUAGGAGAAAAUAAUACUGCCAGCGAUAGUUCGGAAACUUCGUGCAACGAAGAAAUAUUGAGAAUUGUACGUUCCAUGUCGAAAGUUUUAAACAAGAUGGCCAACAUUGGAAUGCCUGUUGACUAUGGACGGUACGUUAAUGAGCAUCUGAAGGUAUAUGAUGAUGAAAUUCGAAGGAAAACAGUGAAAGGUCUCAUGGAUCUCAUCACGGCAGCAGAUGAAGAAAUGUCAAAAAAAUAUCCCGAUGGCUCGCAACUACCGGGUACAAAUGUUCAGAGAUCACGUGGAAAGUAGCGUAAUAUGUAAAUGCACUAUUUAACUAUACUUCUUAAUACAAUAACAAAUAAACAACUCUACCACGUGAUUGUUAUGCAUUGUUUCGCCAACAUGUGUUACAAGCAACAUAUAGUUCAACGUGCUAUGCGCAACCAUAACAAUCUGUAGCUUUGCGCUGACCCGCUAUAAAGCUUUAAAUCUAGUCGAAACGCUUCGUAAUCACAAAACCUUCGCGUUUUGGUACGAUCUUUAUUUUUAUGGGUUGUAAACAAACUAGAAUGCAAUUUACUGACGCAUAUACCAUGUGUUACAAGAAACCCCAUCAAUCCUCCAUACUCUCUAUACAUAAGGGUUAAUCUGUAUAGAAAAUGCACAAAUGUCAAAACAUUAAACUUUGAGGCAAAGAGCUACCAGAUGAUAUUACCUGUGUGGCAGAUGAUAUUACAAAAUGUCAUUCGCAUACAGAAAGAUGUUUGUUUUGCAUUUUAUUCCUAGCAGAUUCAAACAUAUCGUGGAUAACAAAUUCCUGCGCAUUAAUAAAAGAACAAAUUGUAUUUGUGGUGCAUUGCUCGAAGCGAAAGGAUCGGUUCGGUGCGUGUUUUCAUUUCCAAAAGGUAGUGCUUCUCAAAAUCCAAAACAAGCCGACGGCAAUUGAUAUAAGACCAAGUACAGCUCCGACAGAUUGGCAAAUAGUUAAGUAAAUUCAAAGUAAAUACCUUUGUGCAUCGUGUUGUGAGCUAUAUUUGAGGAUCUGCAUAUUUUCAUAUUAGAACAAUGGAUGCGAAUCUAAACAAAACCACAGAUGGUCCUCCUAACUUUGCCUUGAAAAAAAAACCAUUUGUUCCGAGAAAGUCUACAAGCGAUACGGAUAGACGGCACAUUGUGAAGGCAUAUUUGAAUGGUGGUUUGCCAAGAACCAUUAGCGAUAUGUUCGGCAUCAAGCUUUCCACUGUUUACGGUAUCAUUAAAAACUAUAGGAAUACGGGCAAAGUGGCCGCUAUUAGGCGUGGAGGUAAUCAUAAAAAAAUACUAUCUCCGGAAGCUGCGCAAAGCGUUCGAAACUGGCUCAAGGAGGAUAAUACCCUAUCGCUAAAGCAGCUAGCCCAAAAGGUGUGGGAGCAGUAUCACAUACACGUGAGUCCGUCAACAGUUGCGCGUGAAAUUAGAACACUAAGAGCCGCAUUGCAACGUCGAAAGUUAGCUUUGCAAGCGAAAAAAUGGAAUAAUUAUAUUGCUACUGCUGGAAUUGAAGCAUUACACAGUAACGACGAUUCGAUUGCGGAAGACCAAUCUGCAACGUUUGUCAAGGAGGAGGACCUCAGCUCUAGCGACGACAAUGAACAAUGUGCGGACGAUAUUGACAUCGGAGAAACCGUGCUUACGCACACCGAUGGCUGGGACCAAACAGUUGAAUCUUAUAAAUCUGAAGGCAAUCCGCUAGAAGAAAUCAUCAUAAACGAAUCGGAUUUAAGCGAAACCCUUAUUUGCAAGAAAAUAAGUUGCGAUUCGAUGGCCAAAGUCGUACGCGCAGAAAAACGAGUGAUUGCGAUUGACACUGAUCAACCCAACGUGAACCAUAUUGUCACUUCUUUAUCAGGACAGCCACAGCCAGACUCCAAUGAAUCGCACAUCUCACUCGAUUCUAAAACAACAGAAAAAUGUACUUUUACCAUGCACAUGUUAGAUGAACCACAAACUAUGAAAACCAUAACCGUUUCCAUGCCCAAAUCUCCAGCAGCAAAUGAUCACUCGUUCGAUAAUCUAACAAAAACGAAUGUAGCAAAUACACCAACAACAUGCACACACUGCACUUGUUUCCACGAACUUGUAAGUGAGCAAAAGAAAAUGUUAGCACUAUUUUCCACCUUCGAAAAAAAAAUUGUUGACGGGAUGCAGCAAAUGCAGGAAACUUUAACGCACAAGCUCAAACAAAUUGAGGAAAUUAUAAAAGAUAGUAAUAAUUGAUCUCUUUCUGGGUUAUGUACAUAAUGAGAGUCAAAGUUUUAGAAGGGGUCCAAUGACUCGGACACAUUUCAGUGAGCAAGGUUUUUUUCAGAAAAAAACGAUUUGAUGGCGAAUAAACACGUUAUAUGUAAGUGGAAGUGUUUUAAAACAAGAACAUACAUGUACAAAGUAUCGAAAAAUGAUAUUAUUCAAAACUGCUUUUCGCGUUCAUUAGCAUAGGUAGUACAUACUAAUAACAUGUGUCGACCGUAGCGCCCCUGGUAGGAAAUGCGCGAAACAUGAAAAAAC